CCACGCCAGCGGGCCCUGGCACCCCGGGGGAAAGACCUGCGGAACGUCGUCGUGCGGCUGAGGCGCCAGGCAGCGGGGACCCGUCCCGCCACCCCCUCCGGAUUUGAGGAUGGCAUGCCCUCCUCCCAGUACCCCUGGGCUAUCGUCUGGGGUCCCACAGUGUCGGAUGAGGAUGGAGGGGACACCAACUCGGCCAACCCAGGCUUCCCGCCACUGGGCUACACCUUUGUCUCGCCACAUGGGGUGGCAACGGCGCAGCCCAACUCCCACUCGCUCCUGCCCAACGCAGUGCGCGAGCCCCCGGCCACACUGCGGCCAUUCUUGUUUGGGCCCCGGGGGGAAGGUGUGGACCCUCAGCUGUAUGUCACCAUCACCAUCUCCAUCAUCAUUGUCCUGGUUGCCACUGGGAUCAUA